ACUAACACAUACAUAAUUUAAGAGCGUAUACUAUACUAAGAGUCUAGCAAGUCUAGCUUGAAGUUAGUUCCUAUAACGUUUUAAACAAGGAUUGUUUAAUAUGUGUAUAAUACGUAUUUAACAAGCUAAUAAGUAAAUAAUGUUUUCAAACGUUGAUCACCAUUCAAUGAUUGUGAGGCUCAACAAGGGAUAACAAUUCUACUUAGUUUUCAAGUAACCUCGAAUAUUCGAAACACAUGUUUAUUAUUUUUAAAUACGUGUAAAUAAACUAAACUAAGAUGAUGCUGUCUAGGAGGUAUAAUGUAUUGUUUAGAACAAGAAUGGCUUGCACGGCUAUUCUUACGAACGAUUUGAUGUUUCGUACAUCUAACCUGCAUAAAAACUGUGUUGCUCAUUCUUAUUGUAUAGCAAAUCCAUAUGUAAAUAAAUUUAAUGUAAAUACUAGAAGCCUGAGUAGCACCGUCGAUGGAAAUAUUGUUGAAGAUCAUAAAACGAAGAUAUUGACAGUGAACGCAAGUGUUGACAGCAAUGAUGUAUCAUUAAAUUUAGUGAUAUCUAUCAUUGAUGAUUUCGAAAAGAACGAUAGCAGUAUAACAGAAAUAUCAAGUCUGAUGCUCUUGUAUUCAUGUGGAAGCAUGCUAAAAAAUGAGCCACUAAACAUACGCCAGGAAUUGGUAAAUCGUGUUUGGAAUCUUUUGAAGAGAGCGAAAUGCCAGCUAACGAUAAAUCAUUAUCACGCUUUGUUACAAUCCUACAUUGAUAAUGAUCAGAUGAUUGACCAGAAUCAAUUUUUGGAGGACAUGACCGUCAAACCAGAAUGUGAUACGUAUUCUUUAUUAUUGAGAGUACCGAGCACAGACAAUUCUGGAUUCGCUGAUUCUAUUCUAUCAAAGUUAGAACAGAACAGUCUGCCCAUUGAUCAAAAAAUUUGCAAUGCAUUGAUGCAUGCCUAUGCUAUGAGUGGAAACGUGGAAAAAAUUAUUAGAAUCGCACAGUUAAUGGAAGAAAAAAAUGUCGAAGGGUUGCCUUCACUUGAAACUAAUUUAAUGUAUGCUUAUGCAAGAAAUGGUGAUAUUGGAGCCUUAACUGAUGCUUUAAAGAACACUGUGCUGCCUGUACCUCAUAUUAUGAAUCUUGUUAAGCAUCUCAGUUUAUCAAAAAAUGGAAUGCAUAUACCAACUGUUUUAAAUCAUAUCCAGUCUGUAACUGUUAAAAGAGAAGAUUUCAUUAACACCGUCCUCCAGCUUAUACAUGCAGAUCAUGUUUUGGAUGCGUAUGAAAUAGUUACUCGUGUUCCUCUAGAUGAAAAACUUGAAGACGCAAGGAAAGCGUUGCUGUCACAAUUUUUAGAGACAAUUAUUAAAGCCAACAAGAAUCGAAACACGGUCAAAAAAAUUGUCAACAGUAUAAAAGAAAAUUAUUCAUAUCCAAACAUUUGGAACAAAGUGAUUGAAUUGGCUGUGGAACAAAACGGCGAGGAACUGGCUUUUAAAAUACUCGAUGAAAUGAAGGCAAUGGGAGUCACUCUUAAAGCGGAAUAUUUUCAUCCUCUAUUUUUAUACAUUCAAAAACAAAAUUUUAAACGUGACAUAUAUCCUGUGUUAAAAUGGAUGCAUACAUUAGAUGUUGAAAUUGAUACUGAGACACUUGUAAAUUACGUAUUUCCAUGUAUCGACCUUAGAAAUGCUUGUACUGAAGCUAGAAGAUUGUGUAAUCACGGUGUUAAAUCGGGUAAUUUAAUAGAACCACUUGCAAAGUAUUUAAUAGAUUCAGGUAAAUUGGCAGAUAGCAUGCAUCUAUGUACAGUGUUCAGAAAGAAAAUAGACUGUCAGCCUAUAUUACAGUCAUUGUAUGAAUAUUAUAGAGAGACGAGUAAUAUUGAUAUCUGUAUAAAUUUCUUAUUUCAUAUAACUUACAACGGUUAUGGUUUCACUGCAAUGUUUAUAAACAAAUUCUUAAAGGACUCCAAUAAACCAGAGAUCAUUGAUGAUUUAUACAAAUUUUUAAUCGCAUCGAAACAUUAUAAAGCAAUAAUAUCUAUCGUCGAUGCAAAGUACAUAGAACGCGAAAUUUUAAAUCUCGAUCUUACCAAGGAUUUUAAAAAACAAUUGUUACUCUUAAUCUCUAACAUCAAGCAAGAUGUAACGGAUAAUUGCAAUACUAAAGCAUACAUUCAUCCGCAGUAUAUGAAUCUGGAUCAGUUACGCGCGCACUUCGAUGAACUUAAGGCGAAAUCUAAAAAUCAUCGAGGUACCUUACGAAGAUUGUUCAUGGCAGCUUGUCAUCAUAAUCAAGUCGAAUUAGUAAAUCAACUUACGCAAGAGAUGAACACAUGUAAGUUCGAUUGGACGGCGGGUAUGAGAUUGAAUCUGUUUGAUCAUUACGUGAAGAAUGGAAAGAUCGAGGAAGCUUUAUCCGAGCUGACUGAAAUCCAAUCUAAAUUUAAAGAUUGUACAAUUGAUAACUUCAAAGUUCUACGUUGCGCGAUAUUAUUAGUGAAAUUAGGUAGAAUAGACGACGCUCUUGAUAUAAUAAAUAAGUGUACUUCGGUAAAUCAUAAACCGGACGCACAUACACAGAUUGAUGAUUUACUGUUCCUGAUGAUACAAAACAAUUCUGAUCACACGUCUGCAAUGGCUACUAGUCUCGUUAACAGAGGAUAUUAUACCGAUACGCUGUAUGUGUUCAGGUAUUUAAUUAUGACUCAGUUAUUAAGAGGUAAUAUAGAACUUGCAAUAGCAUUAUUCACAAGCUGCGUUAAGGAUUUUAAUAAAACGCCAGCAAAGCAAGAAGUUUUAGUAGAAUUAAUGAAAUUAAGUUCAAACCCGUCUAUGAAAUCUGACUGUGAUUGCCUAGUGGAGAAAGUCUACGAACUCAUAAAGAAAGUUCAUGGAAAAAGAAUAGCUGAUGUAAAUCUUUUGAUAGCAUUUGCUCUGUGUGAUAAAGUGCUAGAAGUAAAAGAUUUAUUAAAGACGUCUGUUAUACAAGAUUUUCUUAUAUCACGACAAUUUGCGUAUUUAACAAACGAUGAUGUUAUGAAAAGUACAUUAGUAAUUUUAAAAGUACUUGACAAUAAAUCACAAAUAUCUCCGGAAUUUUUAUGUAAUACAGUUUUAUGUAUAUGUGAAAAUCGAGGUGAUUAUGAGCAUGCUAUGGAAUUAGAGAAACAAAUGAAGGAAAAGAAUAUAAAAAUCGAUAAGUCUUUACAAAAGAAUUCUACUAAAAUUCUAAAAUCUAAUAAAUACCCUGUUCCACCAGUGAUAGUUGACAAAAUAGAAGGAAACGAAAUUGUGCAAAAAACUAAUUAAUAAACGGUCUUUAAAUUUUCUUUUAA